AUGCAUCGAAUUUCACGGCGAGAAAUGUCGUCGGAGAUAAGUUUUGCUUUACUCACAGCCUUCACGGUGCUCCUGUCAUACUCGACCUUGUCUCAUGGAUUACUGCAGCCUCGUAGGAUAUCUCAUGGUUUGUCCGCAAGCGGAAAGUACUUGACGAACGAUGAGCUCUGGUUCAAUCAAACCCUAGACCACUACUCCCCAUAUGAUCAUCGCAAAUUCAGACAGCGAUACUAUGAAUAUCUCGACCAUUUACGAGUUCCAGACGGACCCAUCUUUCUGAUCAUCUGUGGCGAAGGCCCUUGCAACGGAAUCCCCAAUGACUAUCUAAGUGUGUUGGCAAAGAAGUUUGAAGCGGGCAUUGUGUCACUCGAGCAUCGUUACUACGGAAAGAGCUCACCUUUUAAGUCACUGGACACUGAGAAUCUCAAAAGUGGCAGUGUUGAUAAUCCUUGGUUCUUCUUCGGAGCGUCUUAUUCUGGAGCUUUGAGUGCUUGGUUCCGCCUUAAGUUCCCUCAUUUGACCUGUGGAAGCCUCGCUAGUUCCGCAGUUGUUCGUGCUGUCUACGACUUCCCUGAAUAUGAUCGACAGAUAGGUGAGUCGGUUGGACCGGAGUGCAAAGCUGCAUUACAGGAGACUAAUAAACUCGUGGAACUAGGGCUUAAAGUAAACAACAAGGCCGUGAAAGCUCUCUUUAAUGCCACCGAGCUUAAUGUUGAUGCUGAUUUCUUAUACUUAAUAGCGGAUGCGCAAGUUGUGGCAAUCCAAUACGGAAGUCCAGAUCAACUAUGUGUUCCACUCGUGGAAGCUAAAAAGAACGGCAGUGAUUUAGUGGAAGCAUAUGCUAAAUAUGUCAGAGAGUUUUGCGUGGAAGUUUUCGGGCUAAGCGCUAAAACAUAUAGCCGGAAGCAUCUGCUUGACACUGCGGUCACCGCAGAGAGUGCAGAUCGGCUUUGGUGGUUUCAAGUUUGCACCGAAGUGGCGUAUUUCCAGGUGGCGCCUGCAAACGAUAGCAUCCGGUCUCAGCAAAUCAAUACAGAGUAUCAUUUGGAUCUAUGCAAGAGUCUGUUUGGGAAAGGUGUUUACCCUGAAGUCGAUGCAACAAACCUGUACUAUGGAGGUGAUAAAAUUGCUGCAACCAAGAUCAUCUUCACAAAUGGGUCACAGGAUCCAUGGCGUCAUGCAUCCAAACAGACAUCAUCUCCUGGCCUGCCUUCUUACAUCGUCACUUGUCACAACUGUGGCCAUGGAAGUGAUCUUCGAGGAUGCCCUCAGUCUCCAAUGAUCAUUGAAGGUGAUUCUAAGAAUUGUAGUUCGCCAGAUGCGGUGAACAAAGUGAGGCAACAUAUAGUAGAACACAUGGACUUGUGGCUCUCCGAGUGUCGUGGAGAGCUUAGGAGUUCCAUUUACACGAACGCACGGCAUAAAACGCAACUCUUUUGUUCGAUGGUGGAGGCUACGUCGAAUUUGACGCCGACGCAGAGAUAUGCGGCCGCUGCAUUGUUCGCGAUCGCGCUCAACCAAGCGCAAAUCAACCAGACUCGGCCGUUGGGGGUCCCGGCGGCGGAAGACGACGACGAAGAGUGUGAAAAUCGUCGUUCCGAGGAGAGAAGAAGCAAUUGCAGUAGCGGGGAUUCUGUCUCCGAUGACCCCGGCCUCUGGGUACACGAAACUUCGGGACUUCUUCGACCCGUUUUCAGAUGUCUUGAUAUUGAUUCCUCGGCUUGGCUCGGUCUCGAGGAAACGGCGAAUUCUUCUCCGGCUAAGCACCACAUCGGUGCGUUCACGAGGUUACUCUCAGAAGAAGCGAGUGAUGCUUCUAUCGAGAUGAAGGAGCAAGAGAUGGCCUUAGGUAAAGCUGCUGAUGCUAUGGUCCACAGCAUUCAAAGCUCUUUGUCUAUAGACGCUAAGAAGGAGAAGCAUCAGGAAUACGAAAACGAAUGCCGUGAGAAAUAUGCAGUCCCUGAGGUGAAAUCAAAAGAUAAGGAUGUGAAUAAGGAUAAGGAGUCUGGUAACACUGCUGAAACAGAGAGUCUCGAAGCGGGUGUAGUUAUUAUAGAUGGAAGCCACAAGCCUGAAGUUGUUGAAGAUGACAAAUCUGUCGAGGAAGUAACACUGCUUAGUCAUCAGAGGAAGAUAAAUGUUCUUUAUGAGCUUCUUUCUGCUUGCUUGUCAGAUAAAUAUCAAGAGGUUAAGAAAUGUACUCGGCGUAGAAAAGGCUAUGAUGCCAGGCACCGCGUUGCUCUCCGCUUACUCGCGACCUGGUUUAACAUUGAGUGGAUUAAAGUGGAAGCAAUUGAGACAAUGGUCGCAUGCUCUGCCAUGGCCCUUCAGAAGACUGGUGAAAUGAUGGAUGAUGAUGCUCAGUCUCCUACUAGUACAUGGGCUAAGUGGAAGCGUGGGGGCAUCAUUGGUGCCGCUGCUUUAACAGGGGGAGCUUUGAUGGCCAUCACUGGUGGAUUGGCUGCUCCAGCUAUUGCCGCAGGGUUUGGUGCAUUGGCACCAACACUGGGCACACUUGUGCCGGUGAUUGGAGCUGGUGGGUUUGCUGCAGCGGCUAGUGCUGCCGGAACUGUUGCUGGCUCCGUUGCGGUUGCAGCGUCGUUUGGAGCUGCUGGAGCUGGUCUCACAGGGACUAAGAUGGCAAGGAGAAUUGGGGACCUUGAUGAGUUUGAAUUUAAAGCUAUUGGCGAAAAUCAUAAUCAAGGACGGUUAGCAGUGGAAGUCUUGGUUGCUGGUGUUGUUUUUAAAGAAGAAGAUUUUGUGAAACCAUGGGAAGGGUUAACUAGCAGUUUGGAGAGGUACACGCUGCAAUGGGAGUCCAAGAAUCUUAUCUUAGUGAGCACUGCAAUUCAAGAUUGGCUUACUUCAAGACUUGCCAUGGAAUUGAUGAAACAAGGGGCAAUGCACACUGUUCUGAGCUCUCUUUUAUUGGCAUUGGCAUGGCCAGCUACAAUCUUAGUAGCUGCUGAUUUCAUAGAUAGUAAAUGGAGCAUUGCUAUUGAUAGGUCGGAUAAAGCGGGAAGACUUCUAGCUGAAGUGCUACAAAAAGGCUUGCAAGGAAAUAGACCCAUAACUCUCGUGGGAUUUUCGCUUGGUGCGCGUGUCAUCUUCAAAUGCCUCCAAACUCUGGCCGAGACAGAACAAAACGCUGAACUAGUGGAAAGAGUUGUUCUUCUUGGAGCACCCAUUUCAAUCAACAACGAAAACUGGCGAGACGUGAGGAAGAUGGUAGCUGGAAGAUUCAUCAAUGUAUAUGCCACAAACGAUUGGACCCUCGGUGUUGCAUUUCGCGCAAGUUUGUUCUCUCAAGGAUUAGCCGGAAUCCAACCGAUUUGUAUCCCGGGGAUCGAAAAUGUGGAUGUAACCGAUAUGGUGGAAGGUCACGCUUCAUAUCUAUGGAAAACUCAGCAAAUCCUCGAGAGACUCGAAAUCGACACUUAUUACCCUGUGUUUCGAGACACUCUCUAACGACUUGUAUAUCAAACUUCACAUGUUUGAAUCGCAUACGAAAAGUAUUAAGUCGUUAUACAUUAGACAUUACCCUAAGAGUUGUAUUUUGUUUGUUUGUUUGUUUGUCGUCGUCUUAGUUUGUAACGUUCGUCGACGCCGGCGAAAGACGAGAAGCUCUGUUUUGUAAUUAUUUGUUUGAAACGUCGUCGUGUUGAAUCAUCCACAACAUAACGGAACCGUCUUCGUUGAACGUUCUACUGUUUUCUUUUUUCUAUAUGUAUAAGAAAGUCAAAACUGAAAAUGUUGAUUAUCUGAUGAUUGUAUGUUCAAACUGAAAAUGUUGAUUA